GCAUCGAUCUAUUCCUCAUCAUCACUAGCUUCUUCCUCACAUUCUGUGAGUCUCAUAUACCUUGAGCGAGAGAUCGAUCGAGAUACCAACUAAGGACAUCUAGUAGCAGCCAUGGCCGCUCCGGUCACUUCGACAUUGAAGAUGCCCGUUUUGGCCGCACUCACCUUUCUGCUCCUAGCCGUGGCGUGCCGAGCCAGCCCGUACUACCCUCUCGAGCUAGGGUACUACCGUUACAAGUGUCCCCAGGCCGAGGCCAUCGUGAAGGCCGUCAUGGAGAAGGCCAUCUUCCACAACCCCGGCAAUGGCGCCGCCGUCAUCCGGAUGCUCUUCCACGACUGCUUCGUCGAGGGCUGUGAUGCUUCCGUCCUUCUGGACCCGACGCCGUUCAGCCCGACGCCGGAGAAGCUCAGCCCGCCCAACAACCCGAGCCUGCGCGGCUUCGAGCUGAUCGACGAGAUCAAGCACGCGCUCGAGGCUGCCUGCCCCGGGGUCGUCUCCUGCGCCGACAUCAUCGCCUUCGCGGCCCGCGACGCGUCCUACUUCCUCAGCCACGGCAGGGUCUCCUUCGACAUGCCGGCGGGCCGCCUCGACGGCACCUUCUCCAACGCCUCCGAGCCGCUCAAGUUCCUGGUCCCGCCGGCGUCCAACCUCAGCGCCCUCGUCUCCAGCUUCGCCGUCAAGGGGAUGUCGGCGGAGGACCUGGUCGUCCUCUCCGGCGCGCACACCGUCGGGCGCUCCCACUGCUCGUCCUUCGUCCCCGACCGCCUCGCCGCUCCCUCCGACAUUAACCCCGGCCUGGCAUGGUUCCUCAGGAGCCGCUGCCCGGCCAACGCGACGAGCGGCGGCGACGACCCGACGGUGAUGCAGGACGCGGUGACGCCCAACGACAUGGACAACCAGUACUACAGGAACGUGCUGUCGCACACCGUGCUCUUCACCUCCGACGCGGCGCUCCUGACGUCGCCGGAGACGGCCAAGCUGGUGGUGGACAACGCCAGGAUCCCCGGGUGGUGGGAGGACAGGUUCAAGAAGGCCAUGGUCAAGAUGGCCAGCAUCCAAGUGAAGACCGGGUACCAGGGUCAGGUAAGGAGGAACUGCAGAGCGAUCAACCACUACUAGCUAGUUGAUCACUUGCACGUUGCACCGUGUCAUGUACAGGUGCAACUGGAAGAUCUUUCUUGAGAAAAACCGCACGGUGAUUGGUGAAUGAUCCAUUAUCGGUUCAGUUAUUGGUUUUUUAUAUCCAUGAGGUUUUUGACUUGUUGUAAUGUUGUCAACUGUUAUUAUCUUUGUGUAUUCUUCAUUUGCCCUUGUUUGAUUUCUUCAAAGCCUGGAGAGGUUUGUGUACGUGAUUAAUUGGUUUGUGUUUCUGUAUUCGGAGUCUAUGAAAAAUAAAGUUGAACAUAUAAGUUCAGUUUGUAUGA